CUUGCCUUGAGAGGGAAAGACAGUCGUUAAGCAUUUUUCUUCACCGUGCUAACGCUACAUCUGGUAGUAGUACCGUCAGCGGCCAUAUGUAAUUUAAGCUCAUUCAUUCGUUUACAGACGCACUUUGCUUAUUUUUGUUUGCACCAAACUCGGUUUUUGAGGGUGGAACGAGCGCCUUUCUCUCCGCUCCGACGCUUUGCGGGACGUUGACCAGUGUGAGACCGAGCGGGCUGGGUUGUGACAGCACCGGAGCAACAAUGAUCGAGCGACCAGAGACCGCGGUUCCCAGCAUCGCUCAGCGGAACCUGGAGGGCUACGUGGGCUUCGCCAACCUCCCCAACCAGGUGUAUCGGAAGUCUGUCAAACGAGGGUUUGAGUUCACUUUAAUGGUUGUCGGCGAGUCUGGUCUUGGGAAGUCGACACUCAUCAACUCUCUGUUCCUGACUGACCUAUACUCCAAGGACUACCCGGGGCCCUCCCAGCGCAUUAAGAAGACUGUGCAGGUGGAGCAGUCCAAAGUGCUGAUUAAGGAAGGGGGGGUCCAGUUGACACUCACUAUUGUCGAUACUCCAGGGUUUGGUGAUGCUGUGGACAACAGUAACUGUUGGCAGCCAGUCAUAAACUACAUUGACAGUAAGUGCGAGGACUUCCUGAAUGCAGAGUCAAGAGUGAACCGAAGAUCCAUGCCGGACAACAGAGUCCACUGCUGCCUGUACUUCAUCGCGCCCUCUGGACACGGCCUGAAGCCGCUGGACAUCGAGUUCAUGAAGAGACUCCAUGACAAAGUCAACGUCAUCCCGCUUAUUGCAAAAGCCGACACUCUGACCCCAGAGGAGUGCCAGCUUUUUAAAAAACAGAUAAUGAAAGAGAUACAGGAGCACAAAAUAAAAAUUUAUGAAUUCCCAGACACGGAGGACGACGAGGACAACAAGCUCAUCCGAAAGAUUAAGGAGAAGAUGCCGCUGGCAGUGGUCGGCAGCAACGUGGUAAUCGAGGUGAACGGCAAGAAGGUCAGAGGUCGCCAGUACCCAUGGGGCGUGGCAGAAGGUAGGUUCACGCAGGUCCACUGCGACUUCACUGUGCUACGUAACAUGCUGAUCAGGACUCAUAUGCAGGAUUUAAAGGAUGUCACCAACAAUGUCCACUACGAGAAUUACCGCAGUAAGAAACUGGCUGCCGUCACCUGUAAUGGAGUGGACAACACCAAGACCAAGGGACAGCUCACUAAGAGUCCCCUGGCGCAGAUGGAGGAGGAGCGCAGGGAGCACGUGAUGAAAAUGAAGAAGAUGGAGGCCGAAAUGGACGGUCUUUGAAAUGAAGGUCAAGAGAAGAAGCAGAAACUGAAGGACUCCGAGGCUGAGCUGGAGCGACGCCACGAACAGAUGAAGAGGAACUUGGAGGCGCAGUACAAAGAGCUGGAGGAGAAGAGACGGGUGUAUGAGGACGAGAAGGCCAACUGGGAGGCUCAGCAGAGAAUCCUCGAGCAGCAGAAACUGGACGCCUCCAAGACGAUGGAAAAGAACAAGAAGAAAGGAAAGAUCUUUUGAAGAGACAAACUGUUUCUUCACCUUUACACAAACUCGUUAUUUUCUUAAUCCCCUUUUGAAGUUCGCAUUUACAUACACACACACA